AUGCUCAAACCAGGAUAUCUGCUUCUCCUACAUACUUUGCCCACUCGCAUUGCUCACGCGACAAUCUGGGUACUCUCUACGUUCCACAGCGCAAAGACCGCUGCUCCUCGCAAACUGGCGCCACCACGCCGCUUUCUGCCUCCACAGCCGCAUCCUCACCACAGAGCCUCGCUCUUCCGCUACCUCUUCCCACGUCUGAGCCAACGAUAUCGAGAGCGGCUGCUUGGCUUCCACCUCGACACCCUUCCCUACUACAAGCACCGCCUUCAGAGUCGUGUAUAUCGCUUCAUCCUCGAGCGUCAGCGAAGGCGAAACGAGCAGUCGCGCAUCGUCGACCGUGCCCGGCGGCUUCUCCUUGGGCCGCCGAAGCCGAAGCCGACAUUGCGAGCACCAAAGAAACGGGAUGUGAUUAGAGCAAAGCGCAAGAGCAUCAUGUCAUAUCUUUCAGGGUAUGGCUCGGGAAGCGGGACUGGGGCCGAGCCCGGUGCGAGGAGAAGAAAGUUGGCGGCUGUGGCAGGCCGAGUCUAUAAUGCUGGCGCAUCGGCCGUGAGUGGGAUUCGAGAGUCGUACAAUCAGACCAGAGCCGGCCAAAUCGAUACCGAGGAGCUUCAGAAGAUUACGAUACCCGGUGCCUUUCCGGAUGUCAAAAUCAUUGUCUCGGGAGACGAACAGAUGGUGCUUUUCCCGUCUUAUGCCAAACGACACGUCAGAGGCCAAAUGCGACAGUAUGAAGACCCGGCAGGCCCACCUCACAGUUCUACCGUCGAAAUAGACGAGGAAGAGUACUGGCGCCAAGAAUGGGCGAGGCACGAAGAUGAAAAGGCCAUUGUCGAUGUAGACGUGCGAGGCUGGAUAUACAAUCCACACCGAGGGCCCAUGACUAGGAGGAAUCGCAUCCUGAUAGGCCUGGCUCGACAACUAAGCGGCAUUCCUACGCCACAAGCGCAACAGCAACACCUGGACCCGUCUCCGGCAUCUUUACACCAGUUGCAUGAAGAAGAGCGCGAGCAGAUGCGAAUCGCCCAAGAAGCCCAGGAAAUCGAAAGGCGGGGGCAAGCCGAGAGAGCAGCGGCGGUCAAGGGAGGUUAUAGCGAAGCACCAAGGGAUGCAGACUCGGAGGAUGAGUAUGGAAGCUCACGUGAUUCUAGGAGUCGUAGUCCGACUCCAUCAGCUCGCUCUGCUCCUCGUUCCCCAGUCAUGGGUGUGAGCAGAUCGAGCACUGCAGGUGGGAGUCAGCUGAGCGAGGCCGAGCUCGCUGUUGCCAAUGCAAAUUUAAUGGCUCGAAUUGCCCCAUUCAUGACAACGCCGUUGGUGCAGAGGCCUAUAACUGUCUUUUUCUACAAUGACAGCCAGUCUCAGUCCAAAACUGUCACGACCAAUGAUUCUGGCCAUUUCAUUCUGCGAGCACCGUUAGACUUUGUGCCUACUCACAUUCGAGUUCUCGCGAACGAAGGUCUGUCUGCCACCGAGCCGGUUCAUGUCAUUGAACCCGAGGGCAUCAGCCUAAUCAGUGACAUUGAUGACACAAUCAAGCACUCUAGCAUCACGACUGGUGCCAAGGAAAUCUUCCGGAAUACCUUUAUACGCGAUCUUGGAGAUUUGACGGUCGACGGAGUCAGGGAGUGGUAUACCUCCAUGCACAAUCUGGGUGUGAGGAUACACUACUGCUCCAACAGCCCGUGGCAGCUGUAUCCUGUUAUUGCUAGCUACUUCAAGCUAGCAGGGUUACCUCCCGGCUCUAUUCAUUUGAAGCAGUACAGUGGCAUGCUCCAGGGCAUCUUUGAGCCCGUGGCAGAGAGAAAGAAGGGCACACUGGAAAAGAUUAUGCAUGAUUUUCCGCAGCGCCGAUUCCUUCUCGUAGGUGACAGUGGAGAGGCUGACCUGGAGGUCUACACCGAGAUAGCCGUUGCUAACCCUGGUCGCAUUGUCGCGAUUUUCAUUCGGGAUGUGACAACGCCAGAGCGCUCGGGCUAUUUCGACUCGGGUUUCGGUCGCGCCAGUGGACGAGAGCUGGUACGGGCUCCGAACAGCACGAACCCGAGCCGUAAUAACUCGCUAGACGAUCGCGCAAGCAGGCCUGCCUUGCCACCACGUACGCCAAGCAAGCCUGCGAAAGAAGAGGGCCCGAUCAUGGGAGAUUUGAUUGACUUUUCUGAGGAACCUCAAGAAAGUCCUCAAGAAGAAUCUCGGCACUUGCAAGAAUUGCGGGAAAACCUGCCUCCUAGUAACAAGAAAGCACCGCCUCCAAGGCCAGCUAAGCCGACGUCCCUCAAAAGCUCAUCAACAGCCUCACUAUCUGGGGCAAGCAAUCCUGCAGAAACUUUGGAACAGAAGAAACCACCACCGCCGCCACAGGCGCGUAGGACUACUCCAUCUAAUGGAGGUUCAGCAAAACCUCCUGCCCCUCAUCCGCUAUCACAAAUGCAUAAUUCCUCACAGCAAGGGCUCAACGGAAGUCAACAAAGCCUAUCCAGUACAGUGCCAUAUGAUCGACGUGGAUCCAAUUUCUCCAGCACUUCUGGCUCCGCAUCAUCUAAAUCGGCUGCUCCACCACCGCCGCCACCAAGGAGAACCAAUACAGCUUCGAGUCUACAACAAUCAGGCCCACAGGUCACAAGGAACCCAUCUCGCGGUACACCGGAUUCCGAUGUAGAAGCCAUAGACUCGUUGCCUCCGUCGGCAUUCCAAAACAAUACUUACAAUACGAAUCUCACCCCAGAUGCACCACUGAACAAGAAAUUAGAUCUAUGGCAUAGGCGUUUGCAACGAGCACAGGAGACGCUUGACCAGCAAGGCGUUGCGCUUUAUACCUGGCGUCGUGGAAAUGAUGUUGUUAACGAGGCUGAGGGUCUCGUGCGUCAAGCAAUGAAGGACAUGGGAGUAAAAGUUGGCGAAGGAGAGAAGCGAAACCUGAAGAACAGACAAUAA